UGAGGCUGCAUAGAGAAAAGGAAGUGAGCGAUCGGAAGCAUUGUAGCUUUACGCCGUGAUUGUGUCUGUCCUGUCACACCACUUUCAGGAAUUUUCUGUCGGAGAUGUCACAUGCAUGGAUGUCCUGACAUGACGCUGCAAUGCACUGAGAAUGCACUGGGUUGAGGAGAAGCCUGGAGCUACCUCAUGGAUUUACCGGGAUGUUUAGGUCCAUACACAUGAGUUGUAUCUGAGUGCAGAAAUGCCUUUGAUGGUUGUGGAGACGAGCUGCAGCCUGAUUGGCUGGUACUUUCUGUAUGUGCUGCUGUGUCACUUGAACAGUGCGAGAGAUUGUGAGUGGAACUGCAGGCUGGUAACUCUGCUCUACGGCAUCCUGCUCGUCUGUGUGACUGCCUACAUUGGCUUCAUUGCUGGGCCAUGGCCUUUCACACACCCAGGCACUGAAAACACAUCUCUCCAGAUCCUGGCUCUUGUGCUCAGCUUAGGAUACUUCCUCUUUGACAUGGCUUGGUGUGUGUAUUUCCGCACUGAGGGUCCGGUGAUGCUGGCCCACCACACCAUGAGCAUCCUUGGAAUCGUGCUGGCACUAGGGCUGGGUGAGUCGGGCAUCGAGACCUGCGCUGUCCUGUUUGGCAGUGAGAUCACCAACCCGCUCCUGCAGGCCCGCUGGUUCCUCAAGCUCAUGGGCCGCUAUGAGAGUUUAGCAGGAGAUGUGGUGGACCUGCUCUUCAUUCUUCUGUUUGCCUCUGUGAGGAUUGGUGUUGGGAGCAGAAUGCUGUAUUGUGAAUUAACCUCUCUGAAGCCAUCGCUUAUAGUGAAAGUUGCUGGAGUGGCUAUUUACACUCUCUCCUGGAUCUUCAUGAUAGACAUUGCACGUUUUGCCUGCAAGAAAACUCGCCCCAAAUACAGGCGAUGGAAGGAACCGUACAAGCUGGAUGAUGCUAAUGGACAUGCUGUUAAAGUCAAAUAGGCCUUUCUAUGCUUUAGGACUGAGAAAAUGGCAUUUUUGUUGAUAUAGCUAGAAAUAUUUUGUUAAUUUAGCAGGGUUCCAUUUUAAUGGAUAUUUAAAA